GAAUCUUAAAAUGGCGGAACGGAACGCGUGGUAGUCAACCAGAGGAAGAAAGGAGGUUUCAUGAUUCUCUUCCGGUUUUGCCGUUACGCGUGUAAGAAUAAAGAAUGAAGCAAAUUGUAACCAAUCAAACGGUAAAGAUCCCUGAGGGAUUAACCGUUACAGUCAAGUCUCGCUCUGUAACAGUUAAAGGACCAAGGGGUGUUCUUAAGCGCUCUUUCAAGCACCUUGCCCUGGAUAUACGUAUGAUUAAUCCAAGGCUAUUGAAAGUGGAAAAAUGGUUUGGGACAAAAAAAGAAUUAGCCGCAGUGCGUACUGUAUGCUCUCACAUAGAAAAUAUGUUAAAAGGUGUAACAAAAGGGUAUCAGUAUAAGAUGCGAGCUGUAUAUGCUCAUUUUCCUAUUAAUUGUGUAACAACUGAGAAUAACACCGUAAUUGAAAUUCGAAACUUCUUGGGUGAGAAAUAUAUCCGACGAGUUAAAAUGGCUAAUGGUGUUACUGUUAUGAACUCUGCCAAACAAAAGGACGAAUUAAUAAUCGAAGGAAAUUCGUUGGAAGAUGUUUCACGAUCUGCUGCGCUUAUCCAGCAAUCAACUACUGUGAAAAACAAAGAUAUAAGAAAGUUUUUGGAUGGACUUUAUGUUUCCGAAAAAACUACCGUUGUACAAGAUGAUGAAUAAAUAUUCUUAGACGAAAAUUAA